AUGGACACAGAGAAAAAGCCAGCAGUUUCGGCAGAUGGAGCAGUGCCAGCCAGUAUGGAUGUUCAGACUGGCCAAGCCACUCAGCGUGGCCUCAAGUCAAGACAUGCUCAAAUGCUUGCUCUCGGCGGAACAAUUGGAACUGCCCUGUUUGUUAGCUCAGGCCAGACUCUGGCGCGUGGUGGCCCUGCGUUCCUCCUGGGCACGUUUUGCUUCAUGUCUCUCGUAGUGUUUACCGUUGUUACUGCCCUCACAGAGAUUGCAACGUGGAUGCCCGUGUCUGGAAGCUCCGUCAGCUACUAUUCCAAUCGUCUGGUUUCGCCGUCGUUUGGAUUCGCAACGGGAUGGCUUUACGUCUACUGCCUGGGAAUCCUCGCCCCAUAUGAGAUUACGGCCGCUUCGUUGGUCAUCAACUAUUGGGGAAACCCGGUCAGCGUCGGCGUUUGGAUAACGAUCAUGAUUGUUGUCGUGGUUGGAUUAAACUCUCUGCCUGUCCGUUAUUACGGCGAAUCGGAAUUCUGGUUUGCCUCGAUGAAAAUGAUCAUGAUGGCCGGACUCCUGGUUGUCUCAGCGGUCAUCUUUUUCGGAGGAGGCCCCGAUCAUGACAGGGUUGGGUUUCGGUAUUGGCAGCAUCCAGGCGCUGCAAAUGAAUAUAUAUUGAGUGGUAAUACCGGCCGGUUCAUUGCGUUAUUGGCGACACUUGUCCUAGCCUCACUUCCAUUCACUUUUGCCCCCGAGUUUCUCAUCUUGACAACCGGCGAAAUGGCAGCACCUCGACAGACUCUUCCGAAAGCCGCACAACGAUAUAUAUACCGCAUUCUUUUCUUCUACAUCUCAUCCGUCCUGGCAAUCGGUGUCAUAUGUCCUUCUGACAGCCAAGCUUUGACCAGCGGCGGAAAAGGUGCUGGAGCGUCGCCAUUCGUAGUGGCUAUCAAAAACGCUGGCAUCCCCGUGCUUGGCAGCAUCAUCAACGCUGGAAUUCUUCUCUCGGCCUGGUCAUCUGGAAACUCCUUCUUCUACAUGGCGACGCGUUCUUUGUACUCCCAAGCCCUAUCUGGCAAUGCGCCAAGGUGGUUUCUGGCAUGCACCAAAUCUGGUGUACCGUAUCGAUGCGUCAUGGCAUGCGCACUGUUCUGUCCCCUGGCCUAUCUGAACCUGGGUACUAAUAGUGCGGUUGUUUUUAACUGGUUCAUCAAUUUCACAAACGAAUCUGCAUUCAUCUCUUGGACCUGUUGCUGCAUCGUCCACCUUCGGUUUCGCAAGGCUUGCAAAGCCCAAAACAUAACUAAUCUCCCCUACACAUCCAAAUUUCAGCCGUGGGGAUCAUAUUUUGGUCUUUUCUUGUUUCCCUUUCUCGCACUUAUAAACGGGUUCGACGUAUUUUUCCCGGAAAAUUGGAGCACUUCGUCCUUUUUCACAGCCUAUGUGGGAAUCCCGCUGUUUUUGGCGUUCUACUUUGGGCAUCGGAUAUAUAACUGGCAUGAUCCUUGGGUGUAUGAUCCAGCAACAGUGGACCUCAGUGUGGACGAAGUUGAGGGCAUCAUUGAAGAAGUGCCAAGGUCGGCUGAAGGGAAGAGACCAUGGUGGAAAAUUUUCAGCUUGUUGUGGGAGUGA